GAUAGAUGUAUUUUGACUGGUUCGUGCGGGAGCAGGUCAGCUGUUUCGGCUGCCACAUAAAGGCGAACCAGUCCGUGCUGGCUGAGCUGGAAAAGUGAGCUUUUUUCGGGUAGCGAGUGAGGAUUUGAACCCGAGCAUCCUGCUAGCUUAGCAGCUAAGUUAGCAACACAAACCUGAGAGGAGGGAGGUGAGAGGUGAGAACCAGGAUCACCAACCAUGGCAGGUGGAAUUACAGACACAGGAGAGCCCUACUCUCCAUUUGUGGGGCUGGUGUACAUGUUCAACCUGAUUGUGGGGACUGGAGCUCUGACGAUGCCCAAAGCCUUCGCUCGAGCUGGGUGGGUGGUCAGUUUGACUCUCAUCACCUUUUUAGGAUUUAUGAGCUACAUGACCACCACUUUCGUGAUCGAGGUGAUGGCAGCGGCCAACGCUCAGCUGCGCUGGAAGAGGAGAGAGCAGGAAGAGGUUGACAACAGCGACUCCACGUCCGAGUAUUCAGACGACGACGAGGUCACGUGCCGGGGUCGAUCGGAGCCGGAGACGAGGCCCAUCUUGUCUGUUCAGAGAUCAGGGCAGGCCGAUCAUUUUGACAUCGUGGAGCGGGUGGAGAUGGGUCAGAUGGCCUCCAUGUUCUUCAACAAAGUCGGUGUCAAUAUGUUCUACAUCUGCAUCAUAGUCUAUCUUUAUGGAGACCUGGCCAUCUACGCAGCAGCUGUGCCGAUAUCGCUGAUGGAAGUUGCCUGUGGAAACCACUCCUGCAGCGCUGGAAGUGUGAAGUACAACGACACAGAUCCGUGCUGGGGCUCUGUCACGAGGAAAGAUGCGUACCGAGUGUUUCUGAGCGUGUUCACUGUUUUGUUGGGCCCGUUCACCUUCUUCAACGCCCAGAAGACAAAGUAUCUCCAGAUUCUCACCUCACUCAUGCGAUGGAUUGCUUUCACCAUGAUGAUCAUCUUGGCAUUAAUUCGCAUCGGUAAAGACCACGGCGCAGGACACCCACCUGUCGCCUCCUUGUCUGGGGUCCCCAACCUGUUCGGGGUGUGCGUCUACUCCUUCAUGUGCCAACACUCGCUGCCGUCCCUGGUGACGCCCAUCUCCAACAAGAAGCGCGUCGGCUCGCUGGUGCUUUUCGACUACAUCCUCAUCCUCGGCUUCUACGUGCUCCUCUCGUUCACCGCCAUCUUCUGCUUCGAUAGCGCGCUGCUCUACGACAUGUACACCCUGAACUUCACAGACAACUGCGACGUGUUAGACAUCCCGGUGCUGCGCUACUUCCUCGGCUUGUUCCCCGUCUUCACCAUCAGCACCAACUUCCCCAUCAUCGCCGUCACGCUUCGAAACAACUGGAAGACCCUGUUCCACCGGGACGGAGGUACCUACCCGUGGGUGGUGGACCGAGUGGUAUUUCCCCUCAUUACGCUCGUGCCCCCCAUCGUGGUGGCCUUCUGCACACACAACUUGGAAUCCUUGGUGGGAAUCACGGGGGCCUAUGCCGGUACAGGGAUCCAGUACAUUGUUCCAGCCUUCCUCGUCUUUUACGCCAGGCGCCACCUGGAGCCUGUGAUGGGCAGAGAUGCCGUCAACAAGCACCGGUCACCCUUCCGCCACAGCUUCUGGGUGUGGUUCGUUUUGCUGUGGGCUGCCUUCUGCCUCAUGUUUGUCACAGCCAACAUCAUCCUGACUGACACCAAGAAGUGAGAACUCGUAUCUGUGUGACCAGUUUGUGGUUCCCGUACAGGAAGCCUUAUUGCUGCUGGUCGGGCACUGUGCCUUUUUAUUGAACUUUUGUUGCAUAAAUUAAAUGUAAUUAAGAGUAAUUUAUCAAAUAUUUUUUGAAAAGGGACCAAAUGUCACGUGUUUUAUGUUCCACAAAACUAAAGCUGGAACAGUGCAUGACAGUUAAAGGGAAUUUAUUAAUAGGAUUUUUUGUCAAUAAACAGCAGAGAGUUUGAGUUUUUCACAAAGCUUUGCACUUUUUAAAAAUGUAUCCAACGGGCUUUUUGUGGCUUUUUAAACCACAAAAGAAGAGAAAGACAUUUAAACCUUCUUUAUCCCCCGCCGUGUUUGUUGUCCGAGUAUCGGUUUUGUAAAGUUGCCAAAAUUGUCAACACAACCAUCACUGGAGUUCUUCCAGCAAACGCUUCGUUUAAAGCAAACGUAUGGCGUAAAAUUAGAGUCAGGUGGUGUUACUCACAUUACUACAACAACAUUAUGGGCAACAAAGUAAUUCUGAAUGCUACAAGAUGGAAAAAUUGAAGUUUUUCCUUCGCAGUUAGCUUGAUCGUAUUGUUGUCUGGAGGAUUUGUAGCCUGCUGGACGUUUAGCUCUGACUCUGUUGCAGAGCAGGUUGGUUUUGUUCAGUUCACCUCUUCAACAGUAAUGGUGCUUCUAAAGUAGCAGCUGACACGUAGUAUCACCCUGAUACACAAGAAUAUGAAUUAUUCCACAGUGUAAAGGGCGUCUGCUCUGUCAUCAUGCUGGCUCAACAACUUUUUAAAUGUGCUGCUUUUGAUCUGCAGCAACAUAUGUUCUCAUUGGUGUAUGGUAAUCUGAGUACUCUAACAUGCUACUUAACACGCUGUGCUUCUUAACAGCUCUGUGGGUUGCUCCUAAAGUUUGCCUCAUUCAUAUUCCAAACUAUAGAAAAGAUCUGACGGACCUCGAGGGCAGAAUGUUCCAGUAAAAAUAUAUUAAAGCAAGCGGAAGAGCAGACAUGAAAAAGAGCCUGUCACAUUCAGACUUGUGCUCUGUUGCAAAACUUGAUAAUGAGAUUGGAACAGGAACCAACAGAAGAAGAAAAACGAAGGGAUCGGGGACGAUCACUCUUUCAUGUCUGACGUGCAUCCAUUCCUCAGCGGCGCCUGCCUCCAAUCUCCUCGCCUCCCCCUGGUGAACAAUGAAGCUCCGUCCGUGACAGAUCCACUGACAGAUAGGCUUCCAGGAGGAGCUCCAUCUCUGUUUAUCACCUGACACUCGCGCCUGUAGUUCACACACAGGGCAUGUCUUCCCGUCUUCUACUCCUCAGCACCCAUUCAUGACUCUGUCAGCCUCGUGCUGUAUCCAUCACGCAGCUACACCUGACAGGAUAAUGGAGAUCUACAGCGCUUCAGCUCUGGCUGUGACGAAGGCAUCCACGGCCAAAAGCGAGGGGAGCCAACUGCACAGCUUCAUAAAGUGCACACUGUACUCUACACCAAUGGUAACUUCACUGACACUUGGCAGCUUCGUCCAACUUCAUUAUCGCCCUUACACUUCCAUCUUUGACCCGUUGCAUGAUUCUGUCUGUGUGAUUUUCACAUUAUAGUGGAAAUCAUCUGGAAAUACUUAAGUUCAGACUAACAACAACCAGAAAAACCUUCAUGCUCGACUUAUAGUGACGUAAAAAAGGUUUGCAGGCAAAUGUAGGCGGUGCUCACAGUCCAAGCAGCAGCGACCUCCAGCAGCGUGGUGACCACAGAGUGAGGAAUCUCAGGGAAAUGCAAACUAACAGCAGUACAAAGCAGGCAGAUCCCAAAUUAAAUUUACCUCAACUCUGAGCUGAGCUGUGAUGGCUCUGACAUAUGACAGGCUCAGGCACCAGCCGCAACGCGAAGCACGGUGAACAAAACCCUGCUUUAAGGAAAACAGUUGAGAUCCUCCAUUGCCCAUGAUUAAUGCAGUCAGGGGCGAUGAACUUUCACCCUUUGGAGACAAACAUCUCUGGAAAUAAAUGGAUAAAUGAUGGAAAUAAAAAGGUAGUAAAAUGGAGUCAGUGUGCCAUUGGACAGGGUCAAGUUGGCAUUUUACACUCAUCCUGGCAUCUACUUACGCAGAAACCCACACUGACUACUCGCAUUCAGACUCCAGGCAGAACAUCGGAUUUGGAACAGAAGUCCCUCCACAGAUAGCAACAUAGUUGCUGCAGGACGGCAACUUAACUGCACAGUAAUAUAAGCAACCUUUGUUUUUAUGUAACAAUGUAACCAGAAUGCAACCCGUUGGCCACCAGCUGAGUGAAGCACCUGCUGCGUAGAGACGCACAUCUGUGCAGACUGACUCAGACUGUGUUUGUGAAUCAGUCUGUGAUUAUUUGCAAUCCUUCACCAAUCUGCAGUCGCUUUUCUAUUUUUGCUUUAGUGUGACGGAGCUUUUGUUUUGUUCUUUUUGUUGGAAGUUUCUGAAUACAAUUUUGUGACUGUUUGUAGCCACCAAAGACAAAAUUUAGCAUGUAAGAGGCGCGAGAAAGUAGAUCUGGGAGGUGUGUUGCUUUAUAACAUGGAUACAGAUUUCUGCUUGGCUGAUGUAGUUUGGUUCCAUCCGUCCAUUUUCUACCACUUACCUGGGUUAUGGGGUGACAGAGGCAGCCCUUUCCAUCUCCUGCUUCACCCCCUCUGUUGGAUGUAGAGGACUGGCCAGUCUAAUAAUAAACUAGGUUUACUCUAGAUUAGCACUACUUCCCUUUAUGUAAGGCUUUGACUUUCAGAAGCUUAAAUCGUGACACCAAACACCAAAGUCCUUCUUGAAGUCUUUGCCCAGUUGUUUGGAUAAAAUAAAUAAUUAAUUAAAUAAAUUUAAUUUCAGUGGUUCCAGAUUCCAGACCAUUAAAAGCGCAUAUAACGAGUCACAGGUCAAGUUUAAUAAAAACCACCUAAAGGUUAUCUCUGCCUGGAUGCAUGCUCCUCUGUACCGCUGUGAAAUUCUCCCGUGGAUUUUAAUUUCGGAUUAUUAGUGCGAGUGUCUGAGGCUCCACACCUCAGUGUUUGGAACAAAUGGAGAAUGACGACAAAUACAUAUUUCUGCUCCUUGCGGACAAACCCAUGGUAACAUGUGAGGUAAAUUGAGCUUUUAUUUGGUUUGAAGCUGAAGUAUGUAAGAGUCCAAAUGUCCCAGUCAGCCUGAUUGAACAUCAGAUGGUCUGUAAGUAUUUCCAGUGGGGAAAUAGUUUUGGUUUACAAGGAUUUUCUGCACCUUUACUGUGUAAAAACAUUUCUACAUUGUCUUACAUUGUUUUUGUUUACAUCUCAAAAUAAAGAUUCAGGUUUUGGUUAUCUUUAGGCCACUUUAUGGUUAAACUGAGUAUCUGUCAAAGGAAGAAGGGCAUUUUCAGCUGAAACGGCAAAGAUAUCCACACUUUUAGUCCGAAGCACAGUUAAAACUUCCUACAGUACAUGCAGCGUGUACAGGAUGAUUACAUGAGACUCUGUGGGAAAGUAUUUUAUUCCGGGUCUUAAUUGUUGCUGUUGUUCUCAGCUUGUAGAAGAAUUAACAGUUGUGGUCAAUUUAAAUGCAAACACAGUUUGAGGGUGUUGGGAGGGUUCAGCGGGUCGCGGAGCGCGGAGCGCUUCGAAAGGCGCCGCAGCUUUUUCAUCAACCGCUGUAAUGCAGUUUAAAUUGAAAGGUAAUGUGCUGUGACUCGAGUGUUUUUAAGGCACUGCAGCGUCAGUCCAGCACUGCUGAAGGUUACAGGGGUGACGGCGGCUGUGGCGUCAACAGAACGCGCCCGUCUUUAACGAGAUCGAUCGCCAAUAAUCUAAUUUAUUGCAAAUAUCGGCGGUGGGUCGCGCUGGUGUGACGCCCGUCAGCUUCGGUCUGGAUUGAGGGAGGAGCGGUGAUGUUUAGAAGCCGUUUACAUGUUUGCAAUCCCCUGAAGUGAAGCGAAAAAUACGAACACAUGAACCCUGAAAAGAUGUUUAAUACUUCACCUGAAGGCAGACUCAACAUGUGUGUGUGUGUGUGUGUGUGUGUGUGUGUGUGUGUGUGUGUGUGUGUGUGUGUGUGUGUGUGUGUGUGUGUGUGUGUGUGUGUGUGUGUGUGUGUGUGUGUGUGUGUGUGUGUGUGUGAGCAGAUCAGCGAUGAAACGUGCCUUUUUUUUUUUUUUUUUUUUUUUUUUGACCUAAACUUUCAUUUAUAUCUGAAGAGCAGCGUGCCCGACAUCAUCAGCAUUAAUCCAUUUCUUUAAAAAUGACAAUCUGUGUUUUGCCAAGCUUACAAUCCCAUGUUUUUCUUUUCUUUGUGUUUGAUUUCUUUGUUUUUCUUCCAUAAGUUUACAUCUUGUGUUUCAGAGAGUUGUGUUUCUGAUAUUUGUUUACAGAGAUCUGGCCAGGCUGUAAUGUUUCCUGCUUUAAUGGAUAUUCUGUUUCUUUUCUUUUUCAGUUUUUUUAAUAUUUGGUUUUUAUGACUCACAAAAAAGUUAAAUAAAUGAAAUAAAUGAUUUAUAUUCAUCUG